CAACGCCAGUCAAAUAUGCAUGGUGGCAGAAAAUUAUUCCGUACGUCCCUCCUGGUUUGUUGGGACUUAAAUACUUGGCAAUUAACUUCACCACAAGCCCAAAAUAUAAAACGAACGGUGUCCAGAAUUUUGCUUGUGGUGAGGAGGGUCGCCCGUUCUCUGUGGCGCCUCAGAGGGAACGUUCGUGGCCCGGUAGGAGGAGGGCAAACACACACAGUGCUACAUCUCUAUCAGUUUUCUCGCCAGCCAGGAGCCAGCGAGAACUGUGGAGGGACAGGAGGACGCGUGAGUAACCCUACUUGCUUGCUACAUUCCUGGAACGGGGACAGUGACAGGAUGUCUUCAGAACUGGGUGUUGAGCGGCCCACCAGCCUGUCCCUGUCAGAGGCUCAGAGUGUGGAGCGGCGGGUGCACUUCGAUGAGGUAGAACGACCACGCCUUGUUACUGCUCGGCAACACUCCACCCCAUCUACAUCCAGUCCGAGGAAGGCACGGCCAGACCCAGACUUCAAGCCCAAGAGGAAGCGGUCCAUGAGCUUCUCAUCACCAGGGGAACACCGGUUUGGUAACAAAUGGCGGCACAAGCGUGUGCGGGUGCUGCCUUCCAAGUUCCUCCUGGGUGGAAGCAUCACUGACCCACUCAACUUAGGCUCCCUUGAUAAAGAGGAGGCAACACAGGCUCCAGGAGAGACUUCCACUGCUGCAGGUGGAGGUGCGGCCAUGUCAAAGAGAUCAGCUGCUGUGCGAGUGAUCAUCCCACCUAACAUCAACGAUCCGCUAAACCUGGAUGCUUCAUCAGACAAUGAAGACUUGCACACUGAUGCACUCCAGAGGCAGCUGAGGCGGCGGCGGCGAAGGAAGAGGAAGCGCCGGUUGUCUGAGCCAGUGGAUGGACAUAUUGGCCAGGAGGGAGAAGAAGCAGUAGGAAUGGAGGAAGUUCAAGAAGGAGGAAGCUCCCCCAGUCGACCAGAUCAAGUGACUCUUAAGCCUCUGACCAUUAACACAGAUCUUGUGAGCCCCCCAGGGGCCGCAGAGGGCCGUAGGGAGAGUAGUGGAGGUCAGCCAGUGACCCCAACAGGAACGAAACCAGGUGGCAACAGCAGUGCCAUGCAGCGGCCACCUUUCAAGAAACAGCGACACAAGUCUGACAACAAGAUAGUGAGCCCGGUGAUCCCACAGCCAGGUGGGGAACGUAAACGGCACCCCAGCCAUCCAAGGCACCACACUGAGCGGCCGCACCUCUCCCAGCAAAACCUUCAGCCACCACGUAGCUAUAACCCGAAGAGUGAACUUUUCCAGUUUGGCAAUUACAAUAAGUACUAUGGGUACCGCAACCCUGACCAGACCCCAGACGUAAGGCUGGAGUACCUGAAACGGGAAUGGUUUGAUGGCUGUGAUGUGUUGGACAUUGGUUGUAAUAUUGGCCAUGUGACAUUGACAGUGGCCCGAGACUUUAAUCCUAAACGUGUGGUGGGAAUCGACAUUGAUAAGAAGCUGGUCAAUAUUGCACAGAAAAACAUCAAACAUUACCUACGGAAAGGUGAUGCAGAGGAGGCUAACUUUCCCAAGUCUAUGCGUCUCCUCUAUGGUCCACUCAGGCCCCCAGUACAGGCCGAUGGAUUUAGGUCCUUUCCACACAAUGUAAAGUUUGUCCACGGCAACUAUGUGCUGGAGUCUGAUGAGCUGCUGGAGACAGUUCGCCCAGAGUUUGAUUUAGUGCUGUGCCUGAGCAUCACUAAAUGGAUCCACCUUAACUGGGGGGAUGCUGGCCUCAAACGCUUCUUCCGGCGCAUCUUCUAUAACUUGCGUCCUGGUGGGCGGCUGGUCUUAGAACCUCAAGCUUGGCCAUCCUACAACAAACGUAGAAAGCUCACGAAACGCAUCUUCGAUAAUUAUAAGAGCAUCUGCCUGUUCCCUGAUAAGUUCAAUGAUUUCCUGCUUCAUGAGGUGGGCUUCAGCACCAGUGAGAAACUGGUAACACCAAACCACACCGCCCGAGGUUUCCAGCGACCAAUCAUCAUCUACACGAAGGCAGGUGGUAGCACCAAGUCCAGCCCAGUGGCAGAGAGCAGCACUGCUGUUGCUGCCCCUACUACUGCCAUGAUCACCACUAGUAGUGCCAUCGGAGAUGACGAUGUCUUCAGCACUGAAGUGGUUGAACACAGCAAGGAAUCCAGCCAGAAGAAAGGAGAUAAAAGGCGGAGAGAUAGUGAGGAAGCAGAGGAAUCACCUCCCAUCAAAGAAGCUCAAAGACAUCAACAGCAGCAGCAGCAGCACAAGGACUCUAGUUCUUGUCCUUCACAACAGCCUCAAACUAGAGUACACAAUUGUGACAAAGCACCAAUCCCUUGCACUUCUUGCCCAACCUCAGAGAAGGUGGCACAUGUCUGUGAUAGUAGUAUUAAUAAUGAUGAACUAGUUCUCAGGGUUGGGGAUAAGACAGCAUCCUACACCUCUACCACCCUCUCUUCCCCCCACAUCCUUAUUCCUUCUGACAGUCCCAUUACUAAAACUUGUACUUCUAGUAUUAUUACAACUGGUACUACUACUGUACCCAACUUAAGUACUAACAUCUCUGCUCCAAACACCACCAAGCAUUCCUCCAACACACCUUCUUUAUCUGCUAGCCAGGAAAGAGAAGAUGCAGCAUCUUCAGGUGUCAUAUCUCCCAAGCCCGCUGUAACCCCAGACUCAAACUGCAACAAAACAUUGGCUGUGGAAAUAAAUGAGACAAAUGAGAACAGGGAGGAACACAAAGACAGCAUAAAGGUAGAAAGAGGUGCAGAUCUCUCCACUCUUUCCAUUCCCACCACCCUAAAUCAACAUUGUGGUCGAGAAGGUACCCUCGGCCAGGCCAAGAGGAAGCUGCCAGGCUGUGAGGACAAAGAGGAAGCCACCAAAAGAGUCCGACUAGGAAACACCUGAACUCUUGAGACAGAUAAAAAGACUGGGCUAUGGAGAAUAAAAUGUCAUAUUAUUGAUGUGAAAUUUUGUUGUCCAUCCUUUGUUAUUUUCUUUUCUCUUGACCUUUAUAUUUUGUUUUCAUUUGGUGUACAAAGAAGUCAUCUCAAUAUAUAAUUUUUGAUUAAU